AUGCUCUCAAAGACUCUCUUCGCCAUUGUGGCUUCGCUUUCAACUGCAUCUGCUGUUCACCAAGGUUUCAAUUAUGGUGCAACAAACGCAGAUGGUUCUUACAGAGUUCAGUCGGAUUUCCAAGCUGCUUUCGAGGCUGCCAACUCUUUGGUUGGUACCUCGGGUUUCACCAGUGCCAGAUUAUACACCAUGCUCCAAGGUUCUACCACUGGUCCAACUUCAGCUAUCCCAGCCGCUAUUGCCUCAGAUACAACUCUUCUCCUUGGUUUAUGGGCAUCGGGUGGAGCUGCCGGAUUUGCCGCUGAGGUCAACGCUCUCAAGACAGCCAUCACACAAUACGGUUCCGCAUUCACAAGCCGUGUCGUUGGUAUCUCUGUAGGAUCCGAGGAUUUAUACAGAAACUCCCCAACUGGUAUCGCUGCCAAGGCUGGAUAUGGUGCCAACCCUGCCGACCUUGUCGACUACAUCAAGCAAGUCAGAGAUGCAAUUUCUGGUACUGCUUUGAGCGGUGCUUCCAUCGGACAUGUUGAUACUUGGACUGCUUGGGUCAACGGAUCCAACAACGCUGUUGCCGAGGCUCUUGACUGGGUUGGAAUGGAUGCUUACCCAUACUUCCAAGAUAGCGAGGCAAAUGGAGUCAGUGAAGGAAAGUCUCUCUUCAAUGCCGCAUUGGCCGCUACACAAUCUGCUACCGGAAAGACCGUUUGGGUUACUGAGACUGGAUGGCCGGUCACUGGUGCUACUGCUGGUGAUGGUAUUCCAAGUGCUGCUAACGCCAAGACAUACUGGGAUGAUGUUGGAUGCCCUAACUUUGGAAAGAUCAACAUGUACUGGUACACUCUUCAAGAUCAAAAUGCUGCUGGCUCCGUCACUCCCUCUUUCGGUAUCGUUGGUAGCACUUUGAGCACCACUCCAUUGUUCGAUCUCAGCUGUUCCAACACCACAUCAAGCAGCUCAUCUACUGCAUCUGCAUCUUCCAAGCCUACCAGCGCUCUUGCAUCAUCUCUCGCAUCUGCCGCCACUGGAGGAUCCGUCGCUUCCACCGGCAGUGGCCUCUCUCCUUCUGGUAUGGGAGCCGGUAUCUCUUCUUCUGCUGUCUCUGGUGCUGCUGCCCCAACUGGAACAGGUUCAGCCGGUUCUUCAUCUGGUGGAUCGAGUAAUGGUACUUACACUGCUUCUACUCUCAGAUCUGCAUCGGGCUCAAGUGCUACAGGAACCUCCACCUCGGGAUCGUCUGGAUCCGGAUCCAGCUCAGGAUCAUCGGGAUCCUCUUCUUCUCCAUCCUCAUCCACCGGUGGUGCAGCAUCCCUUACAGGAUCUGUUGCUCUAGCUCUUGGAGCCGUCUUUGCCGUUGCAGCUGCUUUGUAA